AAAGCAAACUUUCGCGCACAGUACUGUUUUUGUGUGAUGUGUGCGGCCAUCUUUGCUUUGGGAACCCGCAGGCAGUCAAGAGUAGAUCGUCGUCGUCGUCACGAGAAAACGUAAGAUUUUCCUAUCCGUAGCCGAAACCGGAACCGUUUUCCAUCGCGCGCGGAAGUAAAGUCUGGUGCGGUGGCCACAAUCGCUGCCGCUGGCCGGGUGUGUUCAGCGAAUGCGAAUUUGAUUAUUUUCGGGGUUGGAAGUCCUAAGUUCAUUGUUAUAUCGUAGCCAAAAGAAGAAGUUGAAGCGCGAAAAGGUGCCGAGAAACAGCUCGAAACGAGGCGAAAGUGAAGAAAUCAUAACAGCACGCGCAUGAGGAAAACAAGUCGCCGCAAAAAGCGCAAGAAAGAAGCCGGAGUGAGUGUUUAGUGUUCAAUGGUUGUUUGAUGGGCCCCGGGCCGAAAAGUAACGUGAUUUGAAGCCACUUAUGAGUGGAGUGGAGAAGAACGAAGAAAACCUUGGCCAAUAAUUGUGAGUUUGGUGUGCGAAUGAUGAUGAUGAUGACGGCGGCGGCGCUGACGAUGAUGAUGAUUGAGGUGGUGGUGCAAGUUCGUUGAAAAUCGCUCGCCAAUUCAAUGCUAAAUGUCUGUUUUUCUUCGUUUCCGGAACGAAAACUAGCAAUCGUAGACGCGCCGAAUAAUCGUUGCCCCAAAAGAAAGAAAAGAGAGAGAAACAGUGAAAAAUUUGAAACCGAACGGGAAAACCCGUUUGAUCGAACGCAAAAUUUGGAGGCUGCCUGCGCUAGGCCAGAGAGGCUAAUGCCAAUGCAAGAGGCAGCAGCAGUCGAGUGCAAUCGCAAGCAUCGGAUCGACGUCGUCGUAUUCAUACAGUGUCAUUAGUGGAACCAGCUGGCCGGCCAACCUAUUCGAGUAGGACCUUAGUGAACAAAUCCGGUAGGACCAUGUGGAACGCCAGCAACGGCGGCGGAGGAGGGGGAGGUGGCGGCGGUUCCUCCUCCAGCACCAAUCCGACCCAGUCCAAUACCAGAACGCUUGGAAUGACUUCGGCCAUCAGUUUGGCCGAGCCGAAACCGGAGGACAUUCAGAAGACGACGGAACUGGAGAAAGCCCUCGAACCGUACAAUGUGUUCGAGGAAGAAUCCGAGCUGAACCAUCGAAUGGAGAUUCUGGCAAAGUUAAAUACCCUGGUCAAACAGUGGGUACGUGAUGUGUCCAUUUCGAAGAAUAUGCCGGAAGCCCUGGCGGAGAAGCUGGGCGGAAAGAUCUACACAUUCGGUUCGUAUCGGUUGGGGGUGCAUCACAAGGGGGCGGAUAUUGACGCCCUGUGUGUGGCUCCGCGGAACAUCGAACGGGCGGACUAUUUCGGGUCGUUCUUUGAGCUGCUGAAGAAGCAACCGGAAGUGACCGAGUGCCGCGCCGUGGAGGAAGCGUUUGUACCUGUCAUCAAGAUGAAUUUCGAUGGGAUCGAAAUCGAUUUGCUGUUUGCGCGGCUGGCGCUCAAGGAGAUCCCGGACAACUUCGACCUGCGGGAUGAUAAACUGCUGAAGAACCUGGACCCGAAGUCGGUGCGCAGUCUGAACGGGUGUCGCGUCACGGACGAAAUACUGCGGCUGGUUCCCAACAUCGACAACUUCCGGUUGGCCCUGCGGGCGAUCAAACUGUGGGCCAAGAAACACGGAAUCUACUCCAACUCGCUGGGAUAUUUUGGUGGCGUAUCGUGGGCCAUGUUGGUCGCCAGAACCUGUCAGUUGUACCCGAAUGCGGUAGCUGCCACGUUGGUGCACAAAUUUUUCCUAGUAUUCUCCCGGUGGAAGUGGCCCCAGCCGGUGCUCCUAAAACAACCCGACACCGUCAAUCUGGGCUUCCAGGUGUGGGAUCCGCGGGUCAACGUCCAGGAUCGGUUCCACCUGAUGCCGAUCAUUACGCCGGCAUAUCCCCAGCAGAACUCCACCUUCAACGUGUCCAGCUCGACGCGGAAGGUCAUGCUGAACGAGUUCAACCGCGGUAUGCAGAUUACCGACGAAAUUAUGCUAAGUAAGGCCGGCUGGGACAAGCUCUUCGAGGCGCCGAGUUUCUUCUUCAAGUAUCGGCACUUUAUCGUGCUGCUGGUGACGUCGAACAAUGCCGACGAUCACCUGGAGUGGUGCGGCCUGGUCGAGUCCAAGAUCCGGUAUCUGAUUCUGAACUUGGAACGGAAUCAGCACAUUAAUUUGGCUCACGUCAACCCCAAGUGCUUCGAGCAGCACGAACAGAACCAAACGGAACGACAGCGAGAAAGCGACGGAAGCCGAGCUAGUACGCUCUGCUCGCUGUGGUUCAUCGGGUUGGAGUUCGAGCGGUCGGAGAAUCUGAACGUGGAUCUGACGGAGAGCAUACAGAGCUUUACCGACUCAGUGCACAAACAUGCUGUGCACAUCAAACUGCUGAAGGACGGCAUGAAAAUCGAAGCGCGGCACGUCCGACGGAAGCAGCUCAGCCAAUACCUGGAUCCGAACCUGCUCAAGCGGGAGCGUAAAAAUUCCGACUCGGGUCUUUCGAUUUCCAGCAUAGCGGCUGUGGCGGCGGCAGCGGCGGCCAAUACCAGUGGCGGCGGCGGCGGUGGUGGCACCACCCUCCGGAAGCGGCACUCGUCCGAACACCUCCAGGCGACGGUCAACAAGAAAGGACGGAACGAUUCUUUUGAACAGUCCCCGUCGAACGCGUCUUCGCAGUCAUCGUCGUCGUCCUCGUCGCAAUCCUCACAAGGAGCGGGUUCUGUGUCUGCAGCGAACACCACCAACACCUCGGUAGUGGCGUCUGUGAACCCAACAACUAACCACAACGUGUCCGCUAGUAACGAACUCCCUAACAGUAAUAACGGCGCCGCACCAGACGUCGAGACGUCUUCCUCGGUGGAACCUUCUACGACCUCCUAUAACCACACGACGAACCACAAUGACACGACCAAUACGACGACCCUGGUGCUGGACGAUUCCUCGUCCGAAGCGACCAGUGGCAUCCAGUCACAAACGACCGCUCCACAGACUCCGACGACACCGACGCCAACGGCCAAUCCUGGACCAGGACCACAACAACAGCCGCCACAGACCGCUACCGAGGUGGUUUGCUCAUGACAGCCGAAUCCGUUCCGGAAGGUGAACAACUAUCACCUUCACUAUAUUAGUAGUAGCAACAGUAACAACCUUAGCCACCAUCACCACCCCCACCACCUUCAUCAUCCGAAGCAUCAGUUCCCGCAAGGCCCGAGUUACAACAAUGGCAUCAACCACCAGUAUCCGCACCAUCAGUCGCUUCACUAUGUCCAUGGGCAGGAACAGCAUCAGCAUCAUCAUCUCCACAGCAGCAGCGACGAGGGCAGCUAUGGUGCUAAUCAGGACAGUGGCGACCCCCAGGUGGUGCUGGUGGACGGAGAUGAUGAUGAGGCUGGCGACGGAAGAGGCGGCAACUAUUCCAACGGGAACCGGGUGCAGUAUGCUGAAGUUGAAUCUUCAUAAGGUGAUUUUGACUACAAGAGAGGCCAAUUGAUCGACAACGGCGGAGGAAUCGGACAACAUUGAAAUUACAUCAUCUUCUGGGAAGUUUGACGGGCAGGAACGCUUUUAAAUAUUGGUUACAAAAAAGCAGAGGAAAGAACACGUUCAAUUUAAGGUAAGAGUUAAAUGCAUACACAACUUUCAAAGCAGGUCGAAACAGUACAGUGAAGCAAAGUGGGGUGGCUAUCUUGAGAGAGACAUGUUUAUGAUAACACACAGACAUUGAUCAAAUUAUAACCUAUAUGACAACCUAUUAUUAAUUCAUAAAAAAGUUGAAAACACUGAAAAAAUACAUUCUGUAAAUAGUAGUUUAUAGUAACAACACAACAUAAAACACACAUACACACAUGCAACUUCUAGAAAAAAUGCCAGAAGUUAGAAAAAAAACGCGAGAAGAAAAAAAUUAAGACUUAUAUAAAUUUGACUAUUAUUUAUACACACAGCCAACAGAUGUAAAACUACACCCACACACAUGCGAGUACAUUCGCCUGUACCAACUUACGCAACCAUCGAUAAGUUUUUUUUUCAUUUGAUUUUGCUCAACCACUGCUGAAUUCUCAUUUUUAUAUAAACACGAGAAGAGAGGCAGAUUUUCAUUUUUCGUUUCGUUUCGUUCAUCUUACACACAAACACACUUUUCGCGUAUAAGAGCGAUAGUAGCAUUCAUACAAAACACUCCACUACUGGUUCAUCGUUUUUAGACUGCUAAACAAUAGUAGAAGUACCCAUAUACCCAGAGGCGCGAAAACUAUUCGAGGACAAGUUAGAAAAAAAAGUGCAAUCAGCAUUGAAAACCAGUCAGGCAAAAAGCGUUCAGAACGCGGAGUUGAUUUACGCAAAACAGCUUCGUAUGUCACCAAAUUAGAAGAAGGAACGGUUCGAUGUUUAGAUCACUGUUAGUGUGGUAGUUUAUUUCCCUUUUCCCCUUCGGGCUGUAAUAGGCAGCCCAUUGCUCCUAAAAAGGUUGGGAAUGGGGAAAACCAACAUAUUUUACCUAAAGAAUUUUCUCAGUGUAAAUACUAUAGAGCAUUCAUGGAAAUGAAGCAGUAGAGAAAUAAAAAAAGGAUCAUCUAAAGUGACGGAAAAUAAAACAAAAAAGCGAUGGAGAGUAGGAUCCGGUAGGGAUUAUGGAACUUUUUUUCUAAUAAACUGAACUUAUAUUAAUUUACUUAAAAGAAGGGCAAGAAAUACACAUUCAGACAGACAUGCAGAUUUAUACAUUUUAAAAAGCUAGCCUGGAUUUUAUUUUUAUAAAAUAACAUCCAUUUGACAUCUGUGCGGGAAAAACACAUUAAAGAAAGCAACAAGAGAUUGAUAAAUGAUUGUCAACAAAUAGAAGCGGGGUAUCACUUUUGUCAAUGUUCAGACAUUUUUCGAUUAAAAAGAAACAUUAUAAAAAAAAUGAUAACAUUAGAACAUACCAAUGCGAAUAAGAGAGCAUAAAAUUGAAGAUUCUAACUAUGAUAGAAGAAGAAGAAAAUAAUAAGAAGAGAAUCAUUAUAUCAGCGUUGUGGAAAAUCAUCUCCACCCAAGAAAACAUAAAAUGUGUUUAGGUUGCGUUCGUACGCAAGGUAAAACGACGUUUCCGGUGAAGGCUUCGAGUAGGAGGAAGCUAGCGAUGAAAUAAAGUGGAAGUUUAAAGUGACAAAAAAGAAAAUGAUAAGCAAAAAAAUAAACGAAUAGCCCCUCCCUAAUCGUCGGGCUGGAAACCGGAAA